AUGGACUAUGAAUUUAAGGAUAAGUCAUUGAAUUUGGCAGCUAGUAAUAGUACUAACCAACAAAAUUCUCAUCCGCAAUCACAUAGUUCACAAUCAAGUCAUCCUCAUUUCAAUUUUUUACAGAAUUUUGAGUUCAGUAAUUAUCCAAUGACCAAUCCUCCGUUAUUCGAUCAAUCGAUGUUUUUAUAUCAGGAUGGUCAACAACCUCCAAGGAGAAGAAUAUCCAUAUCCAAUGGUCAAAUUGGUCAAAUUGUUAAUCAUGAAGCCAUUUACGAUGACUUUGAUAGUCAAGACUUUGAUAUCGACAAAGAAUUAAAUCUGUUAAGCGGUCAACAAUCACAAUCAACCGCUCAAACAACUGCACAGCCUACAGGAGUGAUACCUCCACCUUCUGUUCCUCCAAGUUCACUACCUCCACCCCAAUCAACUACACAAAUACCCGUUAAUGCACCACCUAUUACUCCUCAAUCAGGUGUAACUUCAUCAAAUCCUUCAAAUAAUUCAUCAAAUAUUCCUUCUGUACCUGCAAUACCACCUGCAGGAGGUUUCCAACCAAAAGUCGAUCAUUCACAUUUCGCCGGGGUACCACCACCUGAUCAUCAACUUAUUUAUAAUAAUGAAGUUAUUUAUAAUCCUCAUAAUGGUCCUGUACCGGGUACAGCUGCUUGGAAGAAAGAUAGAUUAUUGGAAAGGAACAGAAUAGCUGCUUCUAAAUGUAGAAAACGGAAGAAACAAGCUCAACAACAAUUGGUUGAUGAUUUAAAUGAUUUGAAAUCUGAAAAUAGAUUAUUACAAGAGAAACUUAAUAAUUAUGAAAAUUUAUUAGACGUUUUCAAAGAUUUUUAUAUCAAAUCAAGUAAUUUGGAAGUCAAUAACUUUAAGAAAUUUGAUUUCUUAUCGGAUGCUUUAAAAUCUAAGAAUUAUGAUGAAAUGUUAGAAGUUAUUCAAAAGUAUAAAUGA